AUGGCCGAGACACAAUCAUACAAGGAGCUUCUCGCAAAAUGGGCCGACAAGUAUCGAGGAGACCUUGACCCACCACCCGCUCUGUCGACAUCGCCGUCCUCGCUUAUCUCAAGCGCUCUCAUGGCGGCUUACGAAAGAGAAUACACCCAUUUGACAGUUGUUGAACCCGAGACGCGGGCGCUCGUGGGCUACCUGUCUAUGCCCCACCUCAAGCAUCUGCUCAAGUCAGGCGCGGUCCGUGACACCGACACAGUGGAAAAUGCAAUGACAAAGUUCAAGAGGAAGGGCACCAAAUACCAUGUCAUCACUAUGGACACUCCUCUCGAAGAGCUUGAAGCCUUCUACGCAGGCAUGACGGAAGACGGCCAGAUGCCCGCACAGGAGUUCGCUGUUGUAACAGAUGCGGGUCGCAAAUUUGUCCUCGGUGUUGCUACUAAACAAGACCUCGAAGAAUUUGUCAAGAGAAGACCCGUCUAUUGA